AUGCUACUGGUAAGGACAGCACUACCACAACUGAUAAUGGUCACGAUGAAUCCACAACUGUUACUACUGGUGAUGACGAUACUGCUACCACUAAGGAUAACAAUACUGCUUCUACAACAACUAAAACUGGUGAUAAUGACACGGCUACAACUGUUAACCAUAGCAUUGAAUCCACAACUGUUACUACUGGUGAUGACAAUACUGCCACCACUGGUAACGAUGAUACUGCUUCUACAACUGAUGCUACUGGUAAUGAUUCUACAACAGCCACAACUGGUAACCAUAGCAUUGAAUCCACACCUGUUACUACUGGUGAUGACAAUACUGCUACCACUGGUAACGAUGACACAGCUUCAACUGUUUCCACUGGAAAUGAUAAUAGUGCUUCUAAAACGGGUGCCACCGACACCGAAAACGAUACUACCAGUACUGGAGAUGAUGACACUGCCACUACUAUCCCUACUGAUGCUCCAACGACUGGUGAUUUUGUCAGCUCUACAGAAACCAAGUACACAAAAUCAAAGAAAACAAAGACUCACAAGACUAAGACAUUUGAAACUGAAUUGA